AUGGUCAUUGUGAGAAAACAGAAUGGAAAACUCGGAAUUUGCAUUGACCAACAAUCACUAAACAAAGUGCUAAUCAGAGAAAGGUACAAAAUGCCUACAUUUGAUGAUAUUCUACCUGAAUUGAAAGAUGCUAAAACCUUUACAAAAUUUGAUGUGAAGGAAGCAUUCUACCAUAUUAAACUUGACGAAGAACCAAGUAUACUGACGACAAUGAUAACUCAAUUUGGAAGUGAUACUGAGGACAUGAGCAACUCACAAGAUGAUCCCGGCAACGACAGCAUUGAACUGCUCAGCAAGCAAAGCAAGAAAGAUGAUACAGAGGAAUUGGGCAUCUCCCAAGAAGACUCCAAUGAUGACAGCGUGGAACCAUCCACCAAGAAAACCAAAACGGAAUCCGAGGACCAGUGUGACAAUUGA